AUGGAGGAGCAGGAAAACAACUUUGUGCUUUCCCUUGGAGACAAAACCAGCAAGUGCAGCCUUGAGACUAACUAAACGGGGACCCCAACAUGCUGGUCAGAAGCCACUAGGGGUGGCCCGGAGGUAGUGAUUGUACCAGAGCUUUUUGGGUUGAUUUUCCUUCUGGGAAUGGUAGGAAAUGUGUUGGUGUUGGUUGUUUUGGGGCGCCUCCAGCCUGGAGGAUGCCCAUCACACAGCACUACCAACAUCUUCAUCCUCAACUUGAGCAUUGCAGACUUCUCCUUUCUGCUCUUCUGUGUCCCCUUCCAGGCCACCAUCUACUCGCUGCCAGAGUGGAUAUUUGGUGCCUUCUUUUGCAAAUGGGUUCAUUACUUGGCCAUGGCAACAAUGCUGGUCAGCAUCUUCACUCUGGUGGCUAUGUCUGUGGACAGAUACAUUGCUGUGGUCCAUGCCAAGCGUUCACCCUGCUUCCGCAGCAAGCGCAAUGCUGCCCUCGGAGUGGGGGUCAUUUGGCUGCUGUUUCUUCUCAUUGCCAUCCCCGUGGCCCAGCACCAGGCCUUCAUGAGUGGUCAUCAGCAAGCACCCAACAGCUCCUUCUGCUGGGAGCACUGGGCAGAUGAUUCGACAGGAAAGCAGAUGUACAAGAUUACCAUCCUGCUGGUGGGAUACCUCCUGCCCCUGAUGCUCAUCACCUGCUGCUAUGCCAAGAGGGAAGCUACUGGAAAAAUCUUCCUCCUCAGACAGCACAGACUGCUUCUCAUGGUUGCCAUGUUCUUGCUCUCCUGGCUGCCACACCAUAUCAUCACGAUGUGGGCAGAGUUUGGGCAGUUUCCCCUGCACAACAUCUCCUUCACCUUCCGCAUCAUCUCUCUCUGCUUAGCCUACGGGAACUCUUGCAUCAACCCCAUCAUUUAUGCUUUCCUCUCCAAAAACUUCCGCAAGGCCUGUCGGCAAGUCUGCACCUGCAAGUUCUCCCUGCAGCCAGUUCCCACUGAGAAACUGCUCAACAUAUGCAUGGAGAUCUUCUCUACCAUGCACUCGACCACUAACCUGUAA